CUUUUUUUUUUUUCAAUGACCCAUUAUGGAAAAUCAAAUGCAGUACAACAAAUUAAAAACAAGAAGCAUAAAAUAAUUGAAAACCCAAAGGCCUAAACCGAUAAAUUUUGUCUGCAGAAAAACCAUGGAGCUCCUACCUCUCAACUAUGGAAACAAAACCCUGCCUCUCAAAUCCACUCCCUCUCCCAAAAUCACUUGUUUCAGAACCAUUCGAGCUUGCUCUCCCAGACAGGACCUCAAAGGCCGAACUGUUGCAGUAAUUGGCUUGGGAAUAUCUGGAAAAGCUGCUGCAAGGCUUGCUCUUGCGCGAGGUGCUUCGGUUGUAGGUAUUGAUCAGGAUGAGAGUUUGAGUUCGCUAGAGCAUGAUCCUUCUUUUAUGGCAUUGAACUCUACUGGGUUCAAAACGGUCCUUGGAAACUUUGAUUGGAAUCUGCUUAAGGAUGCAGAUGUGGUAGUUGUUUCUCCUGGAGUUCCCCUAGAAAAAUACGGCCUUUCAUAUUUGUUACAGUCGCAGGGAAAACAGGUCAUGUCCGAGUUGGAUUUUGCAGCAGAAGCCCUCCCAAAAAGUGUCAAAAUUUUGGCAGUGACAGGGACCAAUGGGAAAUCCACUACUGUUACUUUUGCUGGACAGAUGCUUAAUCAUUUUGGUAUUGAUACAUUUGUGGGGGGGAACCUUGGAACUUCACUCUCUGAGGCUGCAAUUCAGCAUGUGACAUUGCCCGCACAAGAAUGUAAGCUUAAGGUUGCAGUAGUGGAAGUCAGCAGCUACCAAAUGGCAAUUCCCUGUGUGUACUUCCGUCCUUCGGUUUCUGUGGUACUAAAUCUUACCCCUGAUCAUUUCGAAAGGCACAAGACAAUGCUUGAUUAUGCAGAGCACAAGUGUCGUCUAUUUUCUCACAUGACCAACGCCAAGCUGGGACUUCUUUCAUUUGGGAACCAGCACUUGGAUGAAGCAGUUAAGAAAUAUUGGAAUAAAUUUAAUCCUGCUUGGAUAGGAGCUUUCCCUGGUUUGGAAAUUGAUACGGAGGCAAAAAUUGCCACCUUCAAAGUUCCUGACAUAGGAAUUGAGUCACAAUUGCAACUUGGUAGCAUGAGAGCCAUGGGGAAGCACAACUAUUUUAAUGCUGCAGUGGCUGCAUUGUCUGUGGCUGGACUGGAUGUUGGCGUACAUAUUGAAGACAUCAAUUCAACAAUUGAGAAACUGAGGCCACCGCCUCAUCGAAUGCAAGUUGUACACAAGGAUAUUCAUGGGGUUACAUGGGUGGAUGACAGCAAGGCAACAAAUGUUGAAGCUACGUAUGCAGGGCUUAUGGGUCUGAAGGGACAAAAAUCAGUGAUUCUACUUGGAGGCCUUGCUAAGGUCUUAGUCGGACAAGCGUCAAAUGGUUUUGAAGAAUUGAUCGAGCCACUAACGGGCCAUAGAUGUGUAAUAACUUUCGGGGCUUCAGGAACCAUGAUUCAUCAGGAAUUGUCCGAUAACGGUCUUGACAUUCCUUGUAUUCAAGCCACAAACCUGAAGGAUGCAGUCGAGCAAGCUAGGAAGAUGGCAAAACAUGGUGAUGCCAUUGUGCUAAGUCCAGCUUGUGCUAGCUUUGAUGAAUUCAGGAACUUCGAGCAUCGAGGGAUGGUUUUCCGGGAAUUGGCCUUAUCUUCAUAACACGUUUUCAACCACUCUGUUAUAAACCAUAUGCAUUGAAUAAAUCUGUUAGAAAACUAUGGAUUUUUGGCUAAGCUUGAGAACCAUAGAGCAUAAUUAGUUUUCAGAAAUAAAAUAUAUCCAAUGUACUUUUUAUGAAUCAAAUAAUAGCUUAAGCCAUCUUGAGUUUUGGAACUAUUGAUGUAUAUUUAAAAUGGAUAAUCAAAUGACCAAUUUUAGGAAUUGUAAACUUAA